UUUUAUCGAUAAGUUCGCGGUCUCACCUGAUAAUAGCAAAAUUAUACAAUGAGCAUAUGUUUAAAAGUUUUAUUUCCAAAACAAUCUUUAAUAAGGCAUUUUGUUACCAACAGUUGCAAGGGCGAUGCAGGAAAGUAUGAAAAGAUAUAUGCGCCCGGCAAGGUUUCCAAGGAGCGGACUGUUCCUGAAAGAAUACCAAAGCCACAAUACUACUACGAAACUAUGCCACCUGGAAGCACAUUAGGGACCCCAGAAAUUAAAAAUACUGAUCAAAUAAAAGCAAUGCGUCUCAGCGGACAACUGGCGGCGAAAAUAUUACAGGAAUGUGGCAGUUUGGCAAUUGUUGGGAAGUCCACCGAUGAAAUAGACGCAUAUGCACACGAGCUUAUUAUUAAAUCAAAUGCAUACCCUUCGCCACUUAGGUAUGCAGGGUUUCCAAAGUCCAUCUGCACAUCAAUAAAUAAUGUAGCAUGCCAUGGAAUCCCAGAUGACCGCCAAUUAAUUGAUGGAGAUAUAAUAAAUAUUGAUGUUACAGUUUACCUCAAUGGUUACCAUGGAGACUGUUCAGAAACAUUUCUAGUUGGCAAUGUGGAUGAAAAAGGCCGCUACCUGGUCGAGGCCACAAGAUCCUGCCUAGAUAUGUGCAUUUCGCUUUGUGGUCCAGGCGUCUCUUUUAAUAAAAUCGGGCAGUUUAUACAACAAUAUUGUGAAGAAAAAAAACUAGAAUCAAUAGUUGCUUUUAUUGGACAUGGGAUUGGUAGUUAUUUCCACGGGCCGCCAGAAAUUUAUCAUUACCAUAACACCAUUGGUGGCAAAAUGCAUCCUGGUAUGACAUUUACCAUUGAACCCAUUCUAACUCUUGGUGAAUCGGACGUAGCUUUGCUGGAAGAUGGAUGGACUGCAAUCAGUCUAGAUUGAGCACGAAGCGCACAAUUUGAACACACCAUACUUAUCACAGACACAGGAGUAGAAAUACUUACCAUUUUUCAUAAAUAAAUUGAUGAACACAUGUCCA